UGGAGAUGAUCGAUUCCUCUCUGAGUUCCGUGGUCGUCUCCUCGUCCGGCGAUGAGAGUCACCCUCCAGAGAACAUCACCGACGGGAACAGCGACACGUUUUGGAUCUCCACCGGGAUGUUUCCUCAGGAGUUCAUCAUUCGCUUCGCUGAGUCCACGCAGGUGUCUGCAGUGACGGUGGACAGCUACAACGUCAAGCAUUUAAAGCUAGAAAAGAACACCGCACAAAAUGUCUCUCAAUUUGAGUCUGUUACCGAGCAAGAAUUUGAACAUACAGAGGGACAUCUUCAGUCAAAUACUAUUUCGCUCAAUGGAAGCAAUGCAACCCACCUUCGUUUUAUCAUCACUUCAGGAUAUGAUCAUUUCGUCUCAGUGCACAGAGUCGGUGUACAAAAUUGACACAAUUGAUUGUUGUGAAUUAAAUGGUAAAUGGUAAAUGGACUGUACUUGUAUAGCGCUUUUCUAGUCUUCCGACCACUCAAAGCGCUUUUACAUUACUAAUCAUUCACCCAUUCACACCCAUUCAUACACUGAUGACAGGAGCUACCAUGCAAGGUGCCACCUGACCAUCAGGACCCUAACUAACAUUCAUACACAUACAUACACCGCAGGAACAGCCUGCGGGAGCAAUUUGGGGUUAAGUGUCUUGCCCAAGGACACAUCGACAUGGACUGCCGGAGCCAGGGAUCGAACCACCGAUCCUCUGAUUGGGGGACGACCCUGCUCUCCACUGAGC